GAUGUGGGUUUGACCGUCUUCUUCUUCGUCCUUCCCUUUUUAACUGCUCUCUGUUUCUCUGUUUCUGCAUAAACUAACGCGCUAAUCUUCGGCUUCCGUAGUGUUCUUUAAACCCUCUGGAAUUCUACCUUCAUUGCGAUUAAUCCACAUUCGAAGAAGCAGAUCCAGCCCCAAAAAUGUCUUACGCUUACCUCUUCAAGUACAUCGUUAUCGGCGAUACUGGUGUUGGCAAAUCGUGUCUCCUUCUUCAGUUCACGGAUAAACGAUUCCAGCCUGUGCAUGACUUAACUAUCGGGGUCGAAUUCGGGGCAAGGAUGAUCACUAUCGAUAACAAACCAAUUAAGCUGCAGAUUUGGGAUACGGCUGGCCAAGAGUCUUUCCGGUCCAUCACGAGGUCCUAUUACAGAGGUGCUGCUGGCGCCUUGCUUGUCUAUGAUAUUACCAGGAGAGAAACUUUUAAUCAUUUGGUUAGCUGGCUAGAAGAUGCAAGGCAGCAUGCAAAUGCAAACAUGACAAUAAUGCUAAUUGGUAAUAAGUGUGAUCUUGCUCACAGACGGGCUGUGAGCAUAGAGGAAGGUGAACAGUUUGCAAAGGAGCAUGGUUUAAUAUUCAUGGAAGCAUCUGCCAAAACUGCACAGAAUGUUGAAGAGGCAUUUGUAAAGACAGCAGGAACCAUAUACAAGAAGAUUCAAGAUGGAGUGUUUGAUGUUUCAAAUGAGUCUUACGGAAUCAAAGUUGGAUACGGCGGGGUACCGGGACCCUCAGGAGGCAGGGAGGGAUCAUCUUCCCAAGCUGGAGGCUGUUGCAGUUGAACCUUGAAUUUUAUCAGCUACCUGACUUCAAUCUGUUUAUGUCCUAAUUACCUUUUUCUUCUUCUUCAUCCUUUUUUUUCCCUCGUCUAUCUCGUUCAUCACAUCCUGCUGUGAAUAUUUAGUUUAUGUUUGCGUGUUAAAAAAAUAGCCAAGUUCUGUUGAAUGCUAUACGCUAUCAGUUUUCUUUCAAUUCAAUUGUAAAUUCAACAUUGUUUUGAUUUCAUUAGUUCUUAUGGUGAACAAUUUUUAGCACAAUCUAUCGAG